AUGGUUAUCCAAUGUCAGAUGAGCCGUAGGGCGCACGUGGGCGAGCUGAAAGUAGUGUUUGCCGUCUCGUGUAGGGUGUUGGUGCUGGCGCUCAUGUUCUCCGUCAGCGUUCUGCUGCAGCUGCUGGGUUGCGCCCUGUUCAACAACUGGUGGCCCAUGCUGACUGCCCUCCUCUACGUGUUUGUGCCUAUGCCUUAUUUGUUCUUUGGCUCAUCUGGUGGAGACUCGCUCUAUGGCGAUGGCGGAAAUGGUUGGUCCGACUGGGGCAAGUUUCUGACGGGGUUUUCUGCAGUGGGCAUGAUCGCGAUUCCUGCUUCACUGCGGCAUGCAGCAAUAAUCAAGACCGGUGCCUUGGUGAUGGAAGUCGCUGGGGCGUUGGUCCUUUUUGCCACGGUGUUCAUCUACGAUUAUUUUAGCAGUCGCAGUGGCUACCUUUAG